AUGGACGAAAUCCUGCAUGACACAUGGAAAAUCAUGAGCAGCAUUCUCCAAGAGGCAGUUCACGCAGAGACCAUCACAGGUGUCAUGGUGGAUCGCGUGGCGCAGCUCAGUCACAAAGUGUUGAUGGACUUGGACAUCGUUGUGCAUCAGACGGAGCAGGCUGCUUAUUCCUCGAGCCACUCCUCUGAUGCCUAUCUUGUGGAGUUGGCAAGCCAGCAGGAGAUGCUCCUGUUCAAGAUGUCCGUCGAAGCAUCUUUGGUUCUCUAUGGCAUCCAGGUUCAUGAAAACUGGCUUGAGCUGAACGCUUCCCGAGCCACUUUCGCUGCCACGCACACGAUGCUUCUCCACGGCACCGAGGCCACGAACUCCACGCCGCAGCUCCCAAAGCAGAGGGACGUUUGCAUGCUCUCGCGCAUGCGCGAGGUCGGAGACGCCUUCGCCCAACUGGAGCAAUCCGCUCUCAACGUCGCCUUCGGAAACCGAUCGGAGUUGGAGGAGCUCGCAGCACUGAGCUCUGGGGCGCUGGUCAAGACCGAGUCUAUGGCGGAUGCACUUCUGCAUGGCUUCAGCUCAUGCGACAACAGCACGCAGCUGCUUCCAGUCGACCAGUGGCUGGCCCUUCACCAAUCGGCCGCUGCCGUGGCACAAUGGACUUUGCGGGCGACAUGCACGAGCCUCCUGCAAGACCACGGCCGAGGGGAAGCCAAUUUGGAGGCCCACAUCGCCAAGCUUGACGGCGCCUUCCAGCGGCUGCUCUUCGGUUCUUUUUCUCCUCGCGUCCCAGCGCCGCCUUCCCAGGUGCUCUUGGACGAUAUCUUUGCGACUGUGUCGCCAGCUAUGAGUUCUUUCAAGGAUGCCGUUGGGGCACAGGACAUGCUCAGACUGGUCGCAGCCGGGGACUCGCUGCGCCAGGGAGCCGAAGAGGCGCAAGCGAGGUAUCUGCGUGAAGCGCAGUUACAACAUCCAGCCUGGCCGGGGCCACGCGUGGAUGUGGUGACGAGGGCGAUGACGGAGGCCUCCACGGUUUUCCUGGCCGCCCUGAGGGAGGUGUCACAGCGCAGCGGUGCCGGAGAGCUCGAGGCCGCUGUGGCGAAGUUCGAGAGGCUCCACCGGCAGGCGAAGGAAGGCGGCGGUGGCUUGGAGCCAGUGCCGGUGGCAAGAAAGGACAUCUCGGAGCAGUGGGAUCGUGUGGACCAGGCUUGGGACGCCUUCCGCGACCAAGUGCUCAAUGCUGCAUCCGAGGACCUGUGGCGCGCGGAGGAGUCGCUGGAGGGCCUUCUGGCUGAGCUGUCCGCUUCAGUGUCCCUCUACAGCCAGGAGGACGAGGAGCAGGUUGCGGGUUUUCCAUACACGACGCCCGGGGAAAAUUGUACUUUUUGGUGUUAUGCGGUUAGGGUUUAG